AUGACGAGCAGCGGUCAAGAAGAGACGCUAAAACUUACAUCCAUUACAAUAAUGGAUUCCCAUAUUGAUAAAGUCGAGGUGCCUCCGGCAUCUGUAUCGAUUCGAAAUCGAAAUCUAAAUCAAGGCUCAACUAGAAUUUACUUGUCUCUCAAGAGAGAAACGGACGAAGGUAAAAAGAAAACCAAAUCCGCACAAGCGAACGAGGAAGAAAGGAAAGACAUAGAAGUGCGUGAAGUCGACGUAGGAUCUGUGAACAAUAACGAUCAGCAGGACGCGGAAUUAGAUCUUGACGGGCAAGACCUUGAAGAUAGCUCGUACCAUUCUCACAAGGUUAUCGGAAAACGUGCGGAACGUGAUUUUUCAGAAGAACCUGCUGAAAAAGAUGCGGAUCAAUACGACUCGAGUGAUAAACAUUCGCAUGCUCGAAAGAGAUCUAAACGCCAUAGUUCUGUCAUUGUAUCCGAAAAUGACGAAGUUAAUGAAGAUAAACAGUCGCACGGUGACUCCACAAAACCGCAUGCUCUCGAAAAAUCUUUUGCGAAUUCAUCAAUAGGGGCACAACCUGUAGUUAUCAAGACUGAGCAUAGUCUAUCGACCGGGGAAGUCUCUGAAAAAAACAUUAAGGAUUCAAAAUUGGGGAAAAAUUCGAUAUUUUAUGAUAAGAAUCAGGAUGUUGUUCAAGCAAAUGUUGGUGGUUAUGAUGGAGGAAGCGUGUCUCACGAUCGAAAAGAAACACCCGCCUCUGAAGUUUUAAUUCCCGCUUAUAGGCUUAGAGGAAACCGAUCAUACCCUUCUGUUACUGAGGAAUCAAAACCAAGAUUAGUCGAGGCGCGUUCUAAAAAACUUCCAAAGAUCGUUCAGUCGACCCAAGAUGAUGCUAUAGUGGUGAUUUCUCCACCUAAGAUAUCAGAGCUCAGCAAGCCGGAAGUGGUGAUCACACCACUUCAAAGUGAUGUUGAGGUUGGAAUUAAUAAUAACGUGAAUGUAGCCGAGGAGGCUGCAUCUUCUUUUCAGUCUACCGGCAAGAAAGGACCCGCGCGUAGGCUAGGAAGGCCUCCUAAAUCACAAGGAGCUCAACAAAAAUCGACAAAAAGGACAUGGACUUGGCAGAAAAAGAAAAAAGACUUGAGAACGAUUUUGUGUAAACUAUUGGACUCCUUUAAUAAGAAAGAUGCAUAUGGUUUCUUUGCGGAACCGGUGGAUACCACUGUUGUCACGGAUUAUCUCACGAUCAUUCAAAAUCCGAUGGACUUUGGAACCAUGCGAAAGAAAAUUGAUUGCAACAAAUACGCAUCUAUCGACGAAUUUAAGGGUGACUUCUCCCUAGUUUGUAACAACUGUAAAACCUAUAAUGCACCUGAUACCAUAUAUUACAAGAGUGCUGAUAAGCUGUGGCAAUUUGGCGAAAAGGCCAUUGAACGCGAAAGAGACAGUAUUCUGUUAGAAGAAGAAAAGCAAAAGGCAUCAGAGGCUGCCGAUACCGGUAGUAAAAAAGAUGCCAUGUACGGCUCAACCCCUAGUCGAGCGUCCUCUGUUCGACAACCUCGGAGAUCCAAAAAAGUUGAUCCACGCAAACUAUUUUAUCCGGAUGGUUCGGUCAUUCCAUUUGGCGAUCCAUCUUCUUUGAUCCCAAGACCCCCCUCAUUUGGUGAAACUCCUCUUCUUACAGUCAUAUCGUCGAAAGCUCAGCGUCCAGCCCGUUUCGAAGAUUAUGGCCCAUAUGCGACACUGGGUAUUGAUCCUCCAUUUUUUACCGCCACAGAUAAAAAUUUUCUUUACAGCACUUAUGGUGAUGAGAAGGGCUAUGCAUAUGCGAAAAGCAUCAAGUCCUUCGUUGAAGAUAUGGGUGAUGAAAUGAAUCAACAAGUCGAUCAUUUCCUGGAUAAACUAACUCGUGGAGCUCAUUCUAUAGAUCAACAAGUAGCAAGAAUGAUGUCUACUACCGAUAAUAAUACUUCCUUUGACACCUCGGUAGUAACACCAACGGAACUUGGUCCGGUUAAUGUAGGUCAGGAGCUUAACCGAAUUCGAAAGAUUUCUGAACUUAGGAGACAACAGUCCGAAUUGGAGAUAUGGAAGAAGACAAAAAUAGAUGUUGAUUUUCUGGUUAGCGAUCAAGAGGUGCACACCACAAUACAGAAUAUGGGAAACGGCCAACACAACCUUCAAGAGAUAUUUGAUCUUAAUUCAAAAGAUUUGGCUGAGUUGAUUAACAUAAAACAAUCUGGACAAUCGAAGUCCAACAAAACGGAAGAACAGAUUACCGAAGACCUUAACAAACGCUUUAUUCAACUGGUUCAACAUGCGCCAGAGUCGGAAAAAAUAUCUCGUACAAUUACUGCGUCACAAUCACUAUUGGUAAAUAGUAUGUCGAAUCAACAACCUUUUUCUCUGGGGAACUUGCCGACACCUACCUCCCUUCAGCAACUCAAUUUAUCCCAGAUAAAUACUUCAAGCCAUAUAUUUACUGGUGUUGAUCACACCGAUCCCAUCAGCGCGUUGGCACCUUCCUCAAUGUUGCAUGAGGCCAUGCAAUUAUAA